CAAAAUAGCGAGUGUCUCGGUGCGGGAUGAGCAGCUGCUGCGGCGGCUGACGGCUCGGUGGCCCCCUGCGAUGAUGGCCCUGUGAUGGAUGCAUCCCGCAUCCCCCCCCAGAUGGCGGAGUGAGGCGAGGAUGCGACUCCCCAGUUCCAUCUUUGUGUCGGUGUCCCUGUUCACGGCCGAGACCACGGCGGCGCUGUACCUCAGCUCCACGUACAGCUCCGCCGGAGACCAGAUCUGGCAGGCGCUCACGCUGCUGUUCACGCUGCUGCCGUCCGUGCUGGUGCAGCUCACCCUCAUCUUCAUCCACCGGGACCUGAGCAGAGACCGGCCGCUCGUCCUGCUGCUGCACAUCCUGCAGCUCGGGCCCGUCGUCAGGUGUCUGGAGGCGUUCUGCAUCUACGGCAGCGUGGGCCGCGUGGAGGAGCCUUAUGUCAGCAUCACCAGGAAGAAGCAGAUGCCCCGCGGGGGCCAGGCCGAGGAGGUGGAGCGGCAGGUGGGGCAGGCGGAGGGCAAACUGUUUACGCACCGAGCGGCCUUCGCCCGCACCUCCGUCAUCCAGGCCUUCUUGGGCUCGGCGCCCCAGCUCACCCUCCAGCUCUACAUCUGCGUCCUGCAGCAGGGGGUGUCCAUCGGAAGAGGCACGCUGAUGGUGAUCUCCCUCCUGUCCAUCGUGUACGGCGCUCUGCGCUGCAACAUCCUGGCCAUUAAGAUCAAGUACGACGACUACGAGGUGGACAUCCGGCCCACGGCGUACCUGUGCAUCUUCCUGUGGAGGAGCUUCGAGAUCGCCACUCGCGUGGUAGUUCUGGUUCUCUUCAGCUCCGUGCUGCAGCUCUGGAUCCUGCCGGUGGUUUUCCUCAACUUCCUCGUCUUCUUCCUGUACCCCUGGACCCUGUUCUGGCAGAGCCACUCGCCGUUCCCCGAGAACAUUGAGAAAACCCUCACCAGGGUGGGGACCACCAUCGUGCUGUGCAUGCUCACCUUCCUCUACGCCGGCAUCAACAUGUUCUGCUGGUCGGCCGUGCAGGUCAAACUGAAUGACCCUGACCUCAUCAACAAGUCCCAGAACUGGUAUCGCAUGGCUGUUUACUACAUGUUGCGUUUCGUGGAGAACGCCUCACUGCUCCUGCUGUGGUACAUCUUCAAAACCGACUUCUACAAGUUGAUCUGCGCCCCGCUGCUGGUGCUGCAGCUGCUGAUCGCCUACGCCAUGGCCAUCUUCUUCAUGCUGGUCUUCUACCAGUUCUGCCACCCGUGUCGGAGGCUCUUCUCCUCCAGCAUGACGCAGGGCCUGUGGGACUGCUCGUCCCUCCUCUGCCUCGUGUGCACCUCGGCCUCGGCGCAGCGCAGGCCGGUGGCGAAGGCCGUGCUGGAGCCGGCCAGCACGCGCAGAGAUCCGGCCAAGGCCCGGGGCCACGACACGGCCAGCAACAGCACGGACGUGCCCAACGACACCACGUACGACAUGCUCAACGACAACAUCUACGACAUUCCCAAUGACGCAGGCAACAGCGUGGGCGGUGGGGUCAACGGGGACGUGGGCCACAGUGUUUCCUGCGACGCUUAGAGCAUCGCGUGCCAUUCGACUGUUUGUACCUGCUGUGAUCUUCAAGUGCCACGUGACUCGAGUCGAGCAGACUCUCCUCCGUCUCAUGUGUCCCAUCUCGGCUCAAGUUUGGCCUCGUGUCGCGGCUGCAAACACACAAAGGUGACGCUCACCUGUCUUAUCAGCCCACACACAUUAACCUUUCAUCCUGGAGCCUUUUUUAUACACGCAGAACCCCACAGACCCCCCACAUGCUGCAUUACUGAUCACGAGGAGCCGUGCGUUUAAAGUGAUUGUAUUUGGUGUUUUUCUUUUUAGCAUGAAGGUGUGCAUGUGUGGAACCUCUCAUGAGGCACAACAGUUGUUCAAAAGUGGAGAUUUGUUUCUUUUUCUAAACCACGCCCUUGCCAGUUGUACGCCUUCGAUCAAUCAGCUUUUUUUACUCCUUGAUAAGAGCUUUAUAAUCACCACCUGCUGCUUUUGUGAUGUACUUUUGCUCAACGACGGGAUUUUUUUCCUCUCCACACUGAUAAUAAAAGGCCUGCUCCAUCACCAAAACUCGUUCCUGUGAAGCACGGGCAUUUCUACCAGUUUGCACGUUUACGAAAAGGAUUUAAGUGUCUUUGGAUCAAAAGCAGCCAUAGUGACGUGAAAUGCAUUUUGUUUACCUGUCUGUCAGCUCUCUCUGUGUCAGUUAGUUAGAAUAUUUACACCGAGUGCACAAGAAAAUUGCUUAUAUAUACCUGAAAAUGCAUUCAGUAUAUUUGCUCAUUUUGAACCUUUUCAUGUAAAUAGACGUGGUUGAGAGGGAAUGUCAGUAUGAUUGUUUUUGCACUAACUUUUGAGCGAUGUAUCUGCAGAGGAACAACAGCCUCGGGAAUCAAAGGAACGCUCCAUGUUUAUACAAACAGGCAACGUUAAAUGCCCAAAAAUGAGUGAAUAAAAAUAGUCCAACAUGAACAAUUAAAGUGUUUAAAAAAUAUAAAUAAAU